CAAAAUGAUUGGGUUUGGUAGCGUGUCUGCAUUUUACACAUUUGUGGUCACCAUGUAACAGAGCAUACAUGUUAGUGAGAUUAGUACAGUGCAGCGGUGAAUAAGGAUAAACUGUUCGGUGCUGUGGUGUGUGACAAGAGGGCUGUAGUCUAUGUGGUGCUAAUGUAAGUGACAAAAAAGCUGUAAACUGUGUGGUGCUAUUGUGUGUGACAAGAAAGCUGUAGACUGUGACUUAUUGUCAGUGACAAGAGAUCUGCAGAGUGUGGUAUUUUGCUAAGCAGGACACAUUUUUGCAUGAAGGGCUUGUAAUACAUAUAGCAAAGCAUAUCUUUGCCAGUUUCUGAUGAUUUUGCGUGAUAUAAAUUGUACAGGGGACCUGUACUACAGCACAAACCGCAGCUCUGUGAGUACUAGGUUAGCUGAAGUCAGUCAUAGUUGAUAGUUGGAUUUUAAGGUGUUAAAAACAUGGGGAACUCAAACUGUCUGUGUGUCAUGUAAUGUGCACAUGUCAUUUGUAUGCGACUGUAUGAUUUAGCAGAGUGGAAGAGUCGUGUACCAUUAGAGCACAGCAUGUCACUAAGGACUGAGCUUCUGAAAUCUGUUUGGUACGCCUUUACAUCACUGGACACAGAGAAGAGUGGCAAAGUCUCCAAAUCUCAGCUAAAGGUGCUGUCUCACAAUCUUUACACAGUACUCAACAUCCCGCAUGAUCCUGUGGCUCUGGAAGAUCAUUUUCGUGAUGAUGAUGAUGGCCCAGUAUCUAGUCAGGGUUAUAUGCCUUAUUUGAACCAGUAUAUACUGGACAAGGUUGUAGAAGGUUCAUUUGAAAAGGAACGGUUUCAUGAGUUGUGCUGGACUCUGACAGCCAAAAAGAACUACCGCCCAGUUGGAGUAACACUUCCAAAUGAAGAAGCUUUCCAUCUUUGGUGUCUCUUCAACUAUCUAUCUGAAGAUACAUACCCACUUAUUAUGGUCCCUGAUGAGGUGCAGUACCUUAUUCAGAAACUGCUAAUGACUGCAAGAUCAGAAAUGGGGGAGAUGGAGUUAGGAGAGAUGUCUUUGGAGCAGGGUGUCUCGGUCUGGCAGUUCCUGGACUUAGUUACUUCACCAAAGAUACUAAGGAGUAUUAGCAUGGAAACACUUAGGAUGGCAAUCCAAGAUAUGUAUGCAGAGAUCAUUCUAGAUGUACUCAAACAGGGAUACCUCCUGAAAAAGGCAAAUUUAAGGAGGACCUGGACAGAGCGCUGGUUCAUUCUAAAACCGAGAAUUCUGAGCUACUAUGAGAAUGAAGAUUGUAAGGAGAUAAAAGGAAGUAUUGCUAUAGACAAGGAUUGUGGUGUUGAGAUACUUCCAGAUAAGGAUGGUCGCCGUUGUAUGUUUUGCGUUAAAACAGCAACAAAAACCUAUGAAAUGAGUGCAUCUUAUAACAAGCACAGACAAGAAUGGGUAACAGCUAUUCAGACAGCUAUCCGCCUGCAGCAGUCAGGGUCUGCCUCUUUACACCGUGAACUCCAGAGUAGGCGCCGUGAGCAGCGUGAGCACCGAAAACAGAGUCGUAUUACAAGAGAGCAAGAGCUUCAGAGGUUAGCAGAACUUCAGAGUGAAAAGGAAAGGCAGCAAAAUGAACUGGAGCAACUGAGGGAAGCCCAAAAAAAAGCUGAGGAGGCCAUGAUACAGGAGCAGCUUAAACAUCGGGAGCAACAAGAAGAGAUGCAGAAGUUACUGACAGGUCAGCUACGAGAAGCAGAGGAGGCCCGUGCAUCCAUGCAGGCAGAAAUGCAACAGAAAGAAAUGGAAGCUGCGCAGCAGAAAAUGAGGAUUAGAGAACUUGAGCAGUUACAGGAGCGGCUGCAGGAAGCUCUAGCUCAAGAAAUCAAAGCUCAUCAAGAUGAAGAGGAGUAUAGACAUGCACAAGCCAAGCUGUUGAUUCAGGAAGAAGACAAACUUCAAGCAUUGCUUAGGAUGCAAGAAGAGCAGACACAGUUUGUUGAACGAACACACAGAGAGAAACAAGAACUGAAGCACGAGAUAGAAAUACAGAACAAAGAACUACAGGAGGCACAGAGGCAGCUAGAAAAUGUAAGGGAAAACCGUCAGAAAGCUGACAGAGAUGUACAGGUGGCUCAAAGAAAACUUCAUCAAGCCAGUACUAAUGUGCGACACUGGAAUGUUCAGAUGAACAGAUUGAUGCAUCCUAUAUCUCCAGGAGAGAAACGCGUAGCUUCUGCUGGUGGUUAUCAGGGAUUAUGGGGAGGAGUUCUCACUAGACGGGAUUCGUCUCUUAAAAGACUGCAGGCAUCUGAUGGAAAAGAAUUUCCCCAAAGUGUUGGAAACCAUUUGGAAAUUUGAAUAAAUCCUAAAUCAGUGCACUCACAAACCACCUGCUAAGGCUGCAUUUUUGUUUUCCAAUAAACACUUCUACCUAUUUUUUAAACAAACGUUAGUAUCAGAAGUUUGUAUUUCCAUAUUUAGGUAAAAGAAUUUAAGUGAUAAUGUAAACAUAUUUUAUUCCUAAAGUUUGAAUUUAAAUAAAUUAGUAUUAAUGUUUUUCUAAAAUGCUUUAUUUGUCCAUAUACAGAUAUUGGUUUAAAAUAUUAGGGAUGUUCACAUUUUAUUCCUCAAAAUCAAUAGGAACUAUAUUCCACAAGUU